AAGAGGAGAAACCAGCGGCAAAAUCAAGAUUCACUUGAUUUCUCUGUGACAGCCCGAGACAAUCCAGGUAAAAUGAUGAAAAGGCUCUUCUCCUUCAUUGGACUUUUACUUCUGCUGUUGAUCCAGAGCAGCCUACAGAUUCCCAUCCAGGACACAGAAGAAAACUCCAGCCUUAUGUCCGAUGACGUACUAUUUAAUGACCCGAGGGAAUUAAACAACAUGAAGAGACAUUCGGAAGGAACCUUCUCCAACGAUUACAGUAAAUACCUGGAGACCAGGAGAGCGCAGGACUUUGUUCAGUGGUUAAUGAACUCUAAGAGAAGCGGAGUUCCUUCACGGCGGCACGCCGAUGGCACAUACACCAGUGACAUCAGCUCUUAUCUACAGGACCAGGCGGCAAAAGAGUUUGUGUCCUGGCUAAAAACAGGGAGAGGAAGACGAGACUGAAGAUGCUCGAGAGCGUCAGAAAUCCUCCUUCCCAAUAGUGUUUUUUAAUGAUUUGUUUGUCAUUGGAUUAUGCGAAUAAAACUUUUCAAAUGAA